AGGUCAGACAAACCAAGAAAAACUUUUUGAGAUACGAUUAUAGUGUUGGUUUAUGAAUUUGAAGGAUAUUAUUACACAUUACCUAUUGAAUUUUACAAUAUCUCCUUUGUUAUAUUGACACGGAAGAAUUAUGUUUUGAGAAUAACCUAUUGUUCCCGCCAUCUGUCGGCAACAUUGUUUACCAUGGAGGAAGUAACGCCGAACCAAUACAUAUUUUUCAUUUAAUUACUGAAAAUCAUUGUAUUGCAAUUAUGGCUACCAAGGGGAUGCAGAUAAUUAAGGCCAACACAUCCAUAGUCAGGGAUCAGGUGGUCAAGGGGCUGCCGUCAGAUACAGGUGCUGGGCCAAAACGUGUCACAUUUGAUGAGAGUCAGGUGCCCCGUAUUCCACACGAACCCACCAAGGCAGCAGUGGGGCAUAUCCAGAGAGGGACGUCUGGACAGUUAAUGACCAAAGGGACAGUGUCCAGUUCAGGGGGUACUGAGACGAAACAGGGUAAAAAGGGGGACCACAGUAAUACUAAGAGGCCACAUCAGUAUAAUUUGGCACAGACUCCUACAUCUUUGGGUAGAUUUCAGAGAGAAAGUCAUGGAGGGGCCAGACAGAAGACUGACUUGUCAAAGCCAUCACCAUUGUUCUAUAUAGCCGACAAUGGCGAUGCCUCAGACUGCAGUAGUGUUUCCGACUCCUCUGAUCACAUUGGUGCUAAGCAACAAAAGACAAAGGUCAAAUAUCAGACAUCACUCACCGGAGGAGCUUCUGCACAAAUGAAAUCAGACUCCACCUCGUCCAUCACUGGUUUAAAACUUCGUCCUAUUAAUAUUGUGGAUCCUAUGCAUUCUAAACCCACUGAAGACACACAUGGGAAGACAGGUGCCAGUCAGUCUCUCCCAGAUAUGUCUCCAGAACACAUACAGCUGGGCAUUCCUAUGGGCUUCAAGCUUGGAGGAGCUCUGGACAUGUCAGAUCCUGGAGGAGAUUGCGUUGGACCUUUCUCCCCUAACACAAUCAAAACACAGCUGAGGUCACUGCUGGAGGAGAAAACUGUGCUCAGAUCUGAGCUGGACAAACAAGUGGAGGUGAAUUUGGAGUUGAAAAAAUUGUUGGUGGCUUCUCUUGGUGAUGACUUGCAAUACAGGAUGGAGAGGAUGGCCAGGGACAAGGCGUCCCUGGCACUGCAGGUGGGGGACUACUCUAAGAAGGUGACACAGGACACAGAGACACUGGAGAGUUUGUCCAUACAGGCAGACAUGUGGAGGAGCAAGUACAUGGCAAGCAGCCUAGGAACACCGACCACAACCUGCACCCAGCAAUGCGGCAGUGAACUGAAGUAUAUGGAAUAUAGACUCCAGACGCUCGAUGACAAAUAUCAGCAAUUGGCUGACAAAGUGACAAAAAUUACGGCACCACCUCCGCAAGGCAAGGACUGUGCAGAGCUGUAUCAUAAAGGGGUAAGGAUCAGCGGCGUGUACACCAUCAUUCUCAGUAAAACUGGAAAAAAACUUGAUGUCUACUGCGAUAUGAAGACCGACGGCGGUGGCUGGACGGUGUUCCAAAGACGAAUGGACGGAACUGUGGACUUCUACAGAAACUGGCAGAACUAUAAAUAUGGCUUUGGGAAUCUGAACACUGAAUUCUGGUUAGGAAAUGACUAUAUCUACUUCUUGACCACCCAGGAUAAGUAUGAACUCCGAGUGGACAUGCAGGACGCCCAGGGGUCCAGUCGAUAUGCGCAAUUUGACAGCUUUGCCAUAGGGUCCGAGGCUGACAAAUACAGGCUUGCAGUCAGCGGUUAUUCUGGCACAGCUGGUGACGACCUCACUGGCCAUAAUGGUCAGCGUUUUUCUACUAAAGACCAAGACAAUGAUAAAAACGGCGGAAAUUGCUCGUAUAUGUUUAAGGGUGCUUGGUGGUACGGUAAUUGUCAUAGCUCCAAUCUUAAUGGUAUGUACUAUCUUGGAGACCACUCUUCCUAUGCGGACGGCGUGAACUGGAAUAGGUUCAGAGGCACGUACCACUCCCUUAGGAGGACUGAAAUGAAGAUUCGCCCACAGGGCUUCCAAGGUUCAUCCAUAGUCGUAGGAUAA